AUGUCAGAGCGAGAACAAUCAACAAACACAUUCCCAUCACAGUCUGAAGGUUCUGAUCCCGACAUGGCUCAGUUGGUCGAUGACUCGGACACGAGCAGUAACAACAGCGACCAUGAGCACAUUGAAGGCGGAGGCUACUGGUGUCACCAAUGUCAAAGCGAAAUCAGCCCGUUGAUGGACUCUGGAACACCUACCUGCCCACAAUGUCAUUCUGAAUUUGUCGAGGAGAUAGAAGAAGAUAACGAUCCGCGAGAGUUUGUGCACAGUGAUGAGGAUGACCAUCAAGACGAGUUUUAUGUAUUUGGGGGCGCGCCACCAGCAGGGAUGGGAUUACCGAGGGAGGGCGACCGAGGGAAUGCUGGUGAUAUCGCAGGGUUGAUUCAGCAAUGGUUGGGUCAGAUAUUGCAGCCGCAACCAGGAGCUGCAAACAACCGGGAGGCGGGCGACAACCAGGAAGAGCACCAGGGUGACACACAUGAAUCAGAUAGUGCGGAGCACCAUGACGAAGAGGGACAUGCCCUUGCGGCAGAGGAAUUAGGGGAAGCAGCGGGAGGAGGUGCUGCAGCGGCGGAAGGACCGGAUGGUACGCAGCCACGAGGGCUUCGAUUCACACGUCGACCUGGUCGUCGGCUCAACAUUGCGAUUAGGACUGGUACGGGAGGGAAUACGGAGGGAAAUGUGCCAACAUUGGAUUUAAAUGCCGUUCUGGAGCUUCUGAUGGGAGCAAACGGUGGAGAUGGUACAAAUCCAUUAGGAGCAUUCUUUAACAUGGUUGGAAACCCCGGAGAUUACGUUUUUGGACAGCGUGGACUUGAUGAUAUCAUAACACAAUUAAUGGAACAGGCCGGACAACGAAAUGCCCCACCACCAGCGCCACAAGACCUCAUCAAAGCGCUACCGAGACAGAAUGUGACAAAGGCCGACAUAGCGGCCCACAGUGAAUGCAGUAUAUGUCAGGAUGAUUAUACAGAAGGCGAAGAAGUAGUCGCACUCCCUUGCAAGCAUCUCUUUCAUCAACAGUGCAUUGAGAGUUGGCUGGAAGUCAAUGGAACUUGCCCUGUUUGCCGAUACUCCUUGGUGAGCAAGCAGGAAGACAAUGCAAACGAAGGGCCUGUGCAAAGUACAAGCGCCAGCCAUCAAGCAGACUAG